AUGCCAUUUGUACGACAAAAAGUACCUUUGGACUUCUUUCAAGAUGGUGUCGGUACUAUGGUAUCCACUCCAGGAAAUUAUACAACAAUUGCAACGGGUGCAAGUUGCGCCGAUAAGUUACCACUUGGUAAUCUUCCCUUACCUAGAUGCAUCAGUAACAUUCUUCAUUCGUAUCGAUUACAACCGAAUGAUGUUUUUAAUUUGACGUACUUGCAACAAUUCAAAUCAAAAAGAAGUACAUCACAUGUGGUUAGUGUUGGUCCAGAUACUGGUCAAUAUUUUCCGCAAGGAAUCUAUAUUCCCACUGAUGAUAAAACUUAUCUUUCAAGUUAUAUAGUUGGCCAAAAUUACACAAUAACUCAACAAUAUCUACCAUUCAAUCGCUCUCAAGCACCUGGAAAUGCUGGAGUUAACAUUGGUACACCUUUUGUUGACGCGUCUCAUAUUUACGGUGUAACUAAUGAUCAAACUUCCUUGAUUCGCGAUACUGGUAACAGAGGAAAAAUGCGACUCAUAACUUCUGAUCAAUCAGAAGAUAGUAAAUUUGGGUAUCCACCCAAGGACCAAAAUGGAGAAUAUAUAUUCGGACGAUGUAAUGAAUUAUAUGCGAUCCAUGGUGAUGAUUGGAAUGAUGAAACUUACUUUCAAGAAGCGAGAAGAUGGGUUAUUGCACUCUUACAAAAGAUAACUUAUUAUGAAUAUGGAACUCCCUUACCGGUUUACAAAGGUUAUAAUCCAAAUCUUAAACCAGUUAUUGAAACUUUCUUUGCGACAACUUCAAUGCGUUAUGGUCAUAGUGAAGUUAGUGAGUUGUAUGGUGUUCCUACUUUUAUAGCAUCGAUGGCUCUUCAAAUGCAAGAAGAAGUUGACAUAUAUAUUGCUGACCAGAUGCGAUAUUAUAUGUAUAAAUCUGAACUAAUGGAUGUAGUCAGAGGGCGUGAUCAUGGAAUACCAAGAUAUAAUGACGCGAGAAAAUAUUACGGUUUAACUCGAGCUACUGAUUGGUCGGAUAUUUCAUCAGAUCCUGUUGUACAAAAACGUUUACGUGAUGCAUAUGGUACUAUUGACCAAGUCGAAUCGUUUUCUGGAGGCCUUGCUGAGGAUCAUGUUCCUGGUUCAAAUCUUGGUCCUUUAUUUUAUAAUAGUUAUAUUGACCAGUGGACCAAUAUACGCGAUUUUGAUAGAUUUUGGUAUGAAUCACCUGAUGCAGGAUUUACUGCUGCUGAAAUAGAUACAAUUCACAAUACAACUUUGGCUAUGUUGAUUGCUAGAAACAUUCCAAGUAAAGCUUCAUUACCAACAAAUCUAUGGGUAGUUCAACCAAUAGUCGCUCCUAAUGCUACCGGUUCUAGUUCCUAUUCACCAUUUAACAUUCUAAAAUUCUCCAAUACUUAUCAAGUCCAAUGGAGAAUUGAUGGUAAUGAUCUUUAUUUGUUGAUGACAAUGCAAAGUACAAAUGCCUGGUUUGGCAUUGGAUUUAAUCCAUUGGAUGGUGGCAUGUUGGAUGCAGAUAUGAUAAUUGUAACUUCAAAUAGCUCUAUGAUAGACGUUGGUCUUUAUAGACCUACCGCUUAUCAAAAACCUGUUCGUGAUUUAACUAGUACUUUUCUUACUGUCUUAAGUCAAAAUGCAACUAAUGGGUACACUCAAGUGGAAGUAAAACGUCCCCUUAACGCUCGUGAUCGACGACCAAUUACUAAUACCGCAAUAACAACAAUUUAUGCCUUCAAUCCAGAAGUCAGUAUACUAACUUAUCAUGGUGGAAAUCGAGGAUCCUUGAGUGUUAACUUAUUUUCUGCAUCAACUUUUGGCUCUGUUACUAAUCAAGCCAGAGAUAUGCAAUUGGUUCAUGGAAUUGGCAUGUUUUCAAUGUGGUGUGUCUUAUUCCCAGUGUCAAUAUGGAUCGUUAGGUAUAUGAGACAUAGGAAUUCAUAUAUGUUUCAACAUCGAAAUCUCCAAAUUAUUGGUGCUGUCUGUGUUGGAGUCUUUGGUGCUGUAGCAAUGUCUUCGCUUACUGUACAAUUUAGAGUUCCACAUGGAAUUCUUGGUACUACAAUUUAUGUUGCUUUGAUUAUUCAAGUCGCGCUAGGAUUAUUGGCAAUAUUUGGCUUGGCUCAUGUUGAAUCUGCUUCAACUGGUAUAGUACGUGGAUUAAAACAUUUUCAUUUUUAUUUUGGUGCAAUAUUGAUGGCAUGUGCAUGGGUUAAUGUAUACCUUGGAAUAACUCAAUUUGGUGUAAAUUAUAAUGUUAACACAACUAUUGUGACUUAUUUAUACUUGGCUUGGUUUGUUUUGUUGGCCUUGAUAUUUUUUGCAAGUGAAUUUUAUUACAAGGUCAAGAAUUUACAAUUUUUAUGGCCAUCACGAGAAAUGAGUGAUACAAAUCUGCGAAUUCAUAAAAGAAUUCCAGAAAAAAUCUAUGAAUUGCUUCCUGCUUAUACUUGGAGUGAAUUUAAUGAAAGAGUUUUAUCUGGUGCAUGCCUCGUUGUUGCUGAAGGAUUAGUAUUUGAUAUUCAUAGUUGGAUUAAAAUUCAUCCUGGUGGUCAAAAAAUUUUACGCAGAGUGAUUGGGACAGAUAUUACCAAUGACUUCUUUUUUGAUCCAAAUGUUCAAAUGGUUAUCUCAAAAAACUUUGAUAAAGAACAUGAGUUAUUACAAUCCAAUGAUUUUAUUGAUGGUCCUAUAAAAUAUUCAAACAUUCAAUAUAAAGAUAAGAAACCAAACCAUCAUGUUCCAAAUUCUGUUGCAAGAUCAAUCGAUUUACUUAAUAGUGUUACAUUUAAAAAUACUCGAGUUGCCAUGCAUAGACAUUCUAAAUUUGCAACUGCUAAAUUAGCAACUAUGGUUGUCGCACGUAUUUCUGAUUAUGAUGAUGAAAAUGUUUCAAGACCAGUAGUUGAUGGAAUAUUACCAUAUUCAAUGCUUACUACACCAAAAAUUUCACCAGAAAUAUUUAGAAGAUAUAUUCUUACAAAUAUUGAAGAUGUUGCUAGAUAUGAUGCUGAAAAUCCAGUAAAAAAACUUACUUUUCAAGUUAUUCAUCCUUAUGAAAAAUUACCUGAAAUUUUACCCGGUGAUUAUAUUGAAAUCAUGAGCUAUACAAAUAAAUCAACUGUUGUCAGACCAUAUACACUACUUAAAGGUCCUUCUAGUAAUACCUUUUCAAUCAUUGUUAAAAUAUAUAAAGAUGGUGUUAUGUCUCAACAUUUGGGUAAACAACUUAAAAAUUUUGAGAUUGCAGUUAGAGGACCAUUUGAUGUAUCAGAUCGAAUUGAACAAUCUAUAUCACCCCCACCUUCUGAAUUAGGUUUACGACGUAGAUUACGUGCAAGUGUUUUGAGUUUAAGCACGACUAGUCGUAAACUUUCUUAUGCAAAAUCUAAUACAAUAUAUAGUGGUUAUGAAAGUGUUUCUAGUGAAGAUAAUGCUCAACCUUCUUCUAGAAUUUUAUUAAAUCAUGCUAGGCCAGAUAAAUGUUGGGAUUACCUUUUCCUCGUUUGCGGUGGUACAGGAAUAACACCUGCGCUUCAAUUGAUUCAAUAUCAUUUAGAUCACAGAGACUCGAAAUUUCAUAUUUAUUUACUUACAGCUAAUCAUUCGAUUGCUGAUAUAAUUAGUCUUAAAUAUCUUUUAUAUCUUCAAGAUAAUAGUGAUGGAAGAUUUAAUGUAGAGUUUAUUAUAUCAAGAGCACCACCAGCGUGGAAAGGUUAUGUAGGAACUAUUGACGAUAAUUUAUUAUACCAUUGGAUUAGUACAAAUUACGAUGUUCAACAACCUCCUGAAAUUCCAGAAAGACCAAAUAUUAUGAAAUUUCAAUCAAAUCAACCUCCACUUAGUCCAAUUAUAACAAAUCCUGAAGCACUUUAUAAUGCCAAUUCUUUUAAUCAAUCUAAUGAUCAUAUAGUUACCAUGUCUCCAACAUCUAUUGAUCAAACUGAAAGUCCUUUAUCUAGGUCUCCAACUAGGUCACCAAUUAUUGAAUUAAAAUCACCUAUUUAUACUCCAACAAAUGCAAUGGUAAUUCUUAAUGAAAGGCAUGAGUAUAUGAAACAGUUAGCAAAUGAUAAUUUACGUCAAUUAAGAGUUAUAGUUUGUGGUCCUCCAGAUAUGAUGGAGAGUGUUAAAUUAUCUUUAAACAAGAUUGGUUUUCCUGAUGAAAAGGCUAUUUUUAUAGUUUAA